CCACACCUGGAGCAGAGGCCCAGCUGGGAGUGCUGGUUGGCUGAGUACAGGGAGGCUGGGAGUGCAAAGGGGAGAUGUCCUGCUGUGUCCAGGAGUCUGGGGACCCGGGGAGCCCAGACGGUCGUGGGUGCCAUUUGCGCCACUUGGUGGCAGGAGGGUGUGUGGGCGCUCUGAUGGUGCCUUCCCGGGCACCCGCCCAUCAUGUGACUGCCCUCAGGAGGAGGGGCUCCAUGGAAGCCUUUAAAGAUGCUGAGAAAGGCUCCAUUCUUCCCAGUUUCCCCAACCCACCCCUGCUCUGGGGAGGCAGGAGGCCUGGCAGGCCAGGAGGCAGCAAGAGCUAGAGAUGUGCGGACCUGAGCAACAGCACCUCCAGGGAGAGGCCGGGAGGUGGGCUGAGAACCCAAUGAGACGCCAGAGCCCAGAGGGUUGGUGCCACAGAGCUUGGGUCUUGGCUGGGAAGUGACCAGACUCUGGUGGAGAGGCCAGGUUCUCUGGCUGGGCCACGGUUGGGCCAACAUUUUUCCAGCCAGGGAGAGCGUGAGUGUGAGGGCGGCCCUGCGGGUGGCACCAUGAGCUGAGUGGGACGCCUGGAGAGUGAGGACCCCUUCCUGCUUCCUAGAGGGACUAUGCCUCUGCAGGGGCCCCAGAGGAGGCUGCUGGGCUCCCUCAACUCCACCCUCCCAGCCACCCCCUACCUCGGGCUGACCACCAACCAGACGGAGCCCCCGUGCCUGGAGGUGUCCAUUCCUGAUGGGCUCUUCCUCAGCCUGGGGCUGGUGAGCCUAGUGGAAAAUGUACUGGUGGUGACUGCCAUCGCCAAGAACCGCAACCUGCACUCACCCAUGUACUACUUCAUCUGCUGCCUGGCCGUGUCCGACCUGCUGGUGAGCAUGAGCAACGUGCUGGAGAUGGCAAUCUUGCUGCUGCUAGAGGCCGGAGUCCUGGCCACCCGGGCCUCGGUGUUGCAGCAGCUGGACAACGUCAUUGAUGUGCUCAUCUGCGGCUCCAUGGUGUCCAGCCUCUGCUUCCUGGGCGGCAUUGCCGUAGACCGCUACAUCUCCAUCUUCUAUGCGCUGCGGUACCACAGCAUCAUGAUGCUGCCCCGUGUGUGGCGUGCCAUCGCGGCCAUCUGGGUGGUUAGUGUCCUCUCUAGCACCCUCUUCAUCGCUUACUACAACCACACGGCUGUCCUGCUCUGUCUCAUCACCUUCUUUGUGGCCAUGCUGGUGCUCAUGGCAGUGCUGUACGUGCACAUGCUCGCCAGGGCGUGCCAGCACGCCCGGGGCAUCGCCCGGCUCCACAAGAGGCAGCACCCCAUCCACCAGGGCUUUGGCCUCAAGGGUGCCGCCACCCUCACCAUCCUGCUGGGCGUUUUCUUCCUCUGCUGGGGCCCCUUUUUCCUGCACCUCUCACUCCUUAUCCUCUGCCCUCAACACCCCACCUGCGGCUGUGUCUUCAAGAACUUCAAGCUCUUCCUCACCCUCAUCCUGUGCAGCGCCAUCGUCGACCCCCUCAUCUAUGCCUUCCGCAGCCAGGAACUUCGAAAGACGCUCCAGGAGGUGCUGCUGUGCUCCUGGCUCAGUGGAGGCAAAAGCGGUGAUGUCAGCCAACUCCGAGGCAGGUCUAGUAAUGCCUGCAGCCCCCUGCAGCCAGCCCCAGCUCUGCCUCAGCCAGGCCCCACUCCACCCAUGCUGGCAGCUCCAGCCCUGACUGCUGGCAUCUGGGCCGGGAGCUGGUUCCCGGCAGGGCCAGCCUUUGCUGGGAGACAGGACGACCCCGCCCGCGGGGCCCUCAAGACCGGGUGGCGGCGGGAGGUGGCGGCGGGAGGAGGCGCCGCAUCGCGCUGCCGGGCGGGGAUGCGCGGUGCUGAUGCUGCAGGGCCGGUGCCGCAUUCUGCGGCGGCGACCCCCGAUUGGCCGCGCGCGCCAGCCUCGGCCCGUCCGCGCGCUACCCGCAGCCGCCAGCCACCCGCACCGAGCAUGAGGGAGAUCGUGCACAUCCAGGCCGGCCAGUGCGGCAACCAGAUCGGGGCCAAGUUCUGGGAGGUCAUCAGCGAUGAGCACGGCAUAGACCCCAGUGGCAACUAUGUGGGGGACUCGGACCUGCAGCUGGAGCGCAUCAGCGUCUACUACAACGAGGCCUCUUCUCACAAGUAUGUGCCCCGGGCCAUCCUGGUGGACCUGGAGCCUGGAACCAUGGACAGCGUCCGGUCUGGGGCCUUUGGGCACCUCUUCAGGCCUGACAACUUCAUCUUCGGUCAGAGUGGGGCCGGCAACAACUGGGCCAAGGGCCACUACACGGAGGGUGCCGAGCUGGUGGACUCGGUCCUGGACGUGGUGCGGAAGGAGUGUGAGAACUGCGACUGUCUGCAGGGCUUCCAGCUGACCCACUCUCUGGGCGGGGGCACGGGAUCCGGGAUGGGCACACUGCUCAUCAGCAAGGUGCGCGAGGAGUACCCUGACCGCAUCAUGAACACCUUCAGUGUGGUGCCCUCACCCAAGGUGUCGGACACAGUGGUGGAGCCCUACAACGCCACGCUGUCCAUCCACCAGCUGGUGGAGAACACAGACGAGACCUACUGCAUCGACAACGAGGCCCUCUACGACAUCUGCUUCCGCACGCUCAAGCUGGCCACGCCCACCUACGGGGACCUCAACCACCUGGUGUCGGCCACCAUGAGCGGUGUCACCACUUCCCUCCGCUUCCCCGGCCAGCUCAAUGCCGACCUCCGCAAGCUGGCCGUGAACAUGGUGCCCUUCCCCCGCCUGCACUUCUUCAUGCCCGGCUUCGCCCCACUCACUGCCCGGGGCAGCCAGCAGUACCGGGCCCUGACGGUGCCUGAGCUCACCCAGCAGAUGUUUGAUGCCAAGAACAUGAUGGCUGCCUGCGACCCCCGCCAUGGCCGCUACCUGACCGUGGCCACCGUCUUCCGCGGCCGCAUGUCCAUGAAGGAGGUGGAUGAGCAGAUGCUGGCCAUCCAGAGCAAGAACAGCAGCUACUUCGUGGAGUGGAUCCCCAACAACGUGAAGGUGGCCGUGUGCGACAUCCCGCCCCGUGGGCUCAAGAUGUCCUCCACCUUCAUCGGCAACAGCACGGCCAUCCAGGAGCUGUUCAAGCGCAUCUCGGAGCAGUUCACGGCCAUGUUCCGGCGCAAGGCCUUCCUGCACUGGUACACGGGCGAGGGCAUGGACGAGAUGGAGUUCACCGAGGCCGAGAGCAACAUGAACGACCUGGUGUCCGAGUACCAGCAGUACCAGGACGCCACGGCUGAGGAGGAGGGCGAGAUGUACGAAGAUGACGAAGAGGAAUCCGAGGCCCAGGGCCCCAAGUGAAGCAGCUGGAGGGGUGUGGCCAGGGCCAAGAGGUCUGUCCCCCAGAGCCAUGUAGCCACUGACACCGCCCCCCACCUUGCCCCCACCAGCUCCAGUCACAUCAGUCUGGGCUCCCGAGUGUUUGUUCUCUGGUGGUUAGGGCAUCCCCACCCGACAUGAGUCUACCCAGCUCUGUCUUCCUAUCAUAGGUCAUCUCUGUUUUUGUGUCUCUCAUUUGUCUCUCUGCUUUAUCGUCCAUUCCAGGCCUGAUGUUUUGUGGUUUGUUUUGUUUUUUUACUCGUUUGUGUUUAUAUUUUGGGGGGAUA